UUAGUUUUUCAACUAUUAACUUUUUCAAGUAUCGCAAUUAGACUUAAUAAUGUCAAGAUAGCCAGCCGUUCAUAAUUCUGAAAGCCGCAACACUUCCUUUGAAAACUCUUAAUGAAAUCAAAUUGAAACUCAAAAUGAAAUCAAAUUAUUUGAAGAAGAAGAAGAAAGAAAUCAAAUUAUUUUAUUAUAAUCUCAAUUAAAGAAGUUCCCGUUAUUUUUUAGUUUUAGAGGCAAAGUUUAAACUUGAAUGGCUGCUAUCUGUAUGAAACUAAUACAACAUCUUGAUUUUUUGCCAAUGGUCAAAAUGAUUUUUGGUAGCUAAAGGAGUGAUUCGGGUGACAAGCGUUUUUCAAGAUUCAAAAGAAACAAAAAGAACUUUUUCUUUUCGUUGUAACAGUAGCUUGCAAGAUUUUUUUUUUAUCUUGAAAACGAUUCAUUUCAGAAGCUUUGAAUUAUCUCAAUUCUGCAGAAUGGCUAAAGGAAAUCCUAAAUCAAGCGAGAACAAGACAAAGCUGAAGAAGGGGGACUCUGCGGUGGGUGAGCGGGGAGAGGGCGCUGCCGGGGAGGAACUGCCGGCCGAUCUGGCCGAGUUGAAAGUGACGAUUGACAAACUGGAACAGGUUCGACGUGAGAUCGUGAUUCCGGAGAAGGAGCCAGUGCCUCCUUCUGUGAAUGUGAAGAUGAGGAAGCUCAAGCCAGCCUCCGAGAGGCACAAGCAGACAGUGUUAGUGGCGAAGAUGGCUGACCCCGAUGCGCCUGUGAGGCAGGUGUCCCCCUCCCAGGUGCAGAAGGUGGGUAGACCCCAGUACAGUCUCAAUGGACAGUUCAUGCCCCACUCCAUCCUAGGCGAGGAGAUCGACUUCUACCAGGAACAGGAGAGACGCACUGAGGGGCCGACCUCACUGAGACCUCUUAGUCGACAUAAAAGUGGGCAGAUGACGACCAGUCAGAAGGAAAUAGAAAAGCAAAGAGCACUGUCCACUGCAAACAUCGGACAGAGCCAGGAUGCGGCAGCCAUGAACCACUGGACUGACUGGAUGAACGAACGGAGAGUCCACCGCGACUAUCUGAAAAACAAACUGAAGCGACCUCAGGAGGAACUGCUGAUGGACCUGGGAGAUGGAGCGAGGAAGAGGAACGAAGUGUUGAAUCAGAUAGACAGGAACCUCGCAUUCAUAGACGACGGAAAGGGAUACAGGGUAGGCAGUGAGUUCUGGAACCAGCCCCAGUGUGUAGGAUCCGAAGAGACAGGAAUACAAUUUACUCUUGGCGCAACUCAGAAAGGAUAUCCUCCAGUGUACGAACACACAGGGAUGCCACACGACAUUCAACUGGAAAAAGGCUAUGUGCACAUUCCCCCAGGCAGACGUGGCUGGCAGGAUGGUGAGUUCCUGGCCAAGAGACUCAGGCAGCUGCAGCAGAUCAUACACGAAGUGGACCCCAACACACCAGCAAAGGAGGACUUCGAUGAGCUGAUGAUUCGUGGGAAGAAUAGUGAGACCUUGAACAACCAGUCUCAUGUAGCCAGCAGACACGCCGUGUCCAAGACAGGCACCAGAGUCUCAACGGGGGGUCACGUGACUCUGAUUGCGAUGGAGAGUCCACGCACAGAGAACCUCCCGGAUGACUUCUACGAAAAUCAAGACGAAAACGUCGAGUCCAAAUCAGUCAACAUUAUCAGUCCCACUCAAAGUCCUCCCAAAUCCCGAGGCACGUCCUCUUCUCAGAAAUACGUGAAUGGACCCGCCCUCAGGGUAGGCGGGGUUUCAGCUGUGUGGGAGAAGGAUGACACUAGCAGGGUGGAGGAGAUAGGUGCCUCUUGUAGGGUUAUAUUUGAUGGCAAUCAGGGGGACCAGGUCACUUCGUGGCUCGAAGUCAUCAAUUAUGGAUCCACAGUGGUCAGAUUCAACUGGACUAGAGAAAAACGGUACAACCCGUUUGACAAACCAACCGACGUCCUACAACAGCGCUUCUACUUCAACACUGGGCCCAGUGUCAUCCUGCCCCGACAGAAACUCCUGUUCCCCUUCGUGUUCAAAAGCGACAACCCAGGCAUUUUCAGUGAAAACUGGCAGAUGAACACCACUCCCAAACUGUGUGGGGGUGCGAAGAUUAUUGUGACAUUGAAGGGCGUGGCCAUCAUGGUAGACAAGUACAAGCCAGUCAGAGACGAAUUGUCGGCUAUGUUGGCGAAGCGCACUGCGGCCAGUAUCUCUAAGAACCUGCUGUUGAAUAUAGUGGAUGCCCUGCAGGCUACUCGACCCCCUCCCACUCCUCUGGAUGCACUUCUCACAGACGAAGAGAAGUUCGAACGCAUCAAUCCAGGGCUCGCGGGCGGGGUCAAUGAGAAGCUAGUUGACCUCACGAACUUCUACCGUGACCUCUUCCCAGAAGAAGAGAAGGAAUAUGUAGUUUGGGAUCUUGACCUAAACACCAUCAGAGAGAAAAUUCUGGAGAUUGAGGAUGAAAAACAGCGUGAAAAGAUUUUCAAGAAAUUCAAUGACAACGUGUACAAACUGACAACUCCUAUCGACAGACCAACAACCAACGAGGAACUGUAUCACUUAGUGUACUCGAGUGUGUCCCGCAUCUGCGAUGGAAUCGUCAGUUCCUCCAUGGCUCUCAGAAACUCCUUUGCACUCCCGGACGUCGAAUUCCUCAUGCCACCCGAAUUAUAUGAUAAACCAUUGGGUUUCGCCAUCAAACAACGAGAACUGUUCAUUGUGGAGCAAAGAGAGGAACAAAAGCGCAGACAGAAAGCAUUGGAGGGCACAGAUAAAGGAAAAGACGGAAAGAAAGGGGCGCCAGGUGGAAAAGACAAAGGAGCCAAGGGUGGAGGUGGUGCUAAGGAGAGGCCGGCUAGCAAAGCAGGUAGUCCGAAAAAAGACGAGGCAUCCAAGUCCAACAAGAAGAUGUCAACUGUCAGUGGCGUCAACAUCGCCCAAGACAGCCAAACUGACGCUAUCAUUUCGGUCACGAUGCCUUCGAUGUCUUCAAUUCCGGUCAUUAACGAGAUCAACUCGGGCCUACCCGAUGAUCUUCGGGAAACGAGUGCCGCAGAAGAGCCGUAUAAUAAUCUGAAUAUAAAUGUAAUCAAUUCCGAUGACGCCGCACGUCAGAGUGCUUUAAUGGGUGUUGAUGGGGCGAAUACUUCGGGUGUGGAUUUGACCCGUGAGAAUUCAAAUGUUGGCGCGGAUAUAUUCGUGAAUGAACACGAAUCAGAGAAAGGGGGCGUGCUGGACAUGAGUAGGGCGGUGACCUCGAUCGAACUCGAGGAGCCGGCGGAGGAUGACUCACUUCAUACCAAGUACAGGGAGAGAAUGCACAUCAUGGUUCGUGACCUCAUUGGAGACAAUCUGGUGGAACUUCUUCACGCUUACGAUGACAUAAAAAUGCGCAACCCAUGGAAACCCAACUUGCCAGUUGCAUAACCAACCAGACAUCAUGUCAAAUCUGAACAAACUGAAACAAAUAUUCAAAUCAUUCUAUCAAAUGAACUAAUUCCAAUCUUCUAAUGUU